UCAAGCAAGAAAAGGACCCAACCCACAGUGAAGGAUGGCCGCUCCUCUUGUUCUUAGACAGGUUCUACUGCUUCGCGUUUGCUUGCAUAGCCACAAGCGGUUAACCGCCGGAGCCGUUGCCGUUGCGGCACGUCACCGGCUAUGGUGCAUCGCCGCCACCAACACACCUUCGAAUCAAGCGGACGAGAAAAUAAGCUCCAGUCUGCGGAGGGUUAAGGAGCCGUCAAGUUACCCGCGGUGGGAGGAUGACCCCGAUUAUCGGAAAUGGAAGGAUAAAGAAGAUGAGAUUCUGGGGGACAUUGAGCCUAUCGUUUUGCUUACCAAGGAUAUUCUCCACUCACGAAGGUACUUGGAUGGAGAGCGAUUGACCGUGGAGGAUGAGAAAGCUGUAGUAGAGAAGCUCCUUGCUUACCAUCCACACUCUGAAGAUAAGAUUGGGUGUGGUCUUGAAUCCAUUAUGGUUGACCGUCAUCCUCAAUUUCGACACUCAAGGUGUCUUUUUGUUGUAAGAACUGAUGGUGGCUGGAUCGAUUUCUCCUAUCAGAAGUGCCUUCGGGAAUACAUUAGAGAUAAGUACCCUACUCACGCAGAAAGGUUUAUUCGAGAACAUUUUAAGCGUGGGAGUGGUUGAUGUAUAUAUUGUGGAAUUUUAUUUCCAAAAAACAGAAAGACUGAAUUUGUUUACUUUGGUGUGCCAACCUCUGAUAAUGCUUCUACGUGACUACCUUUUACAUCUGUUUUUCCCUGCUCAUUCCAGUGGCCUACCUAGAUUGUCAAUGGUAGUUGAUAAUCAUUGACUGGGAUAUCAUGGUUAUUAAGAAGGGAACACAGAAAAUGAUUGAAGUGAACUUCACAUUGUCGACUUGUGGAACGCUUUGUUUGGGAUACAGUAAUUGGUGGUUAGGUUACUAGUAGGCAGUAAGGCACGAAAUUUUGUUGAUUGACCACCUCUAAUAUAAUAGGAAACUUUAUACUUUCUAGUAUUCAAUGUACUCUUACAGUCUCUCACCAUUUUUUAAUUUUGCAUGAUCUCUUCUCUUCAACAUUUAAUUUUUAACUACUUAAUUGUUGGAGGCUAGGAAUGUACUCAUUCUGUAUUUUGAUUGACAUAGCUAUAGUCACGGGCAUUUUGAGGAGUUGUUGAAGUCGGAAGUGUGCGAGUCAAAAGGAUCAAGCUAGCUAGGGCAGGUUGUCCAACUAGGUUCCGUAGGACUGCACAAGUCAGAACGGGGACAAACUGUGUUCCACCUACUUCUAGUUUUUUAGCUGAAUAUGUUUCUAAAUCCCAUGACUGAAUCUUCUUGUUCUCGAUAUAUUUGUUUAGUCGUUAGUCAAACACCCCAACAAAUUCCAUUUUAAGCAGUGUGUCAUCAUGCGCAAGUGUUAAAAGUGUGACAGUUUAAAACUUUAUCGGGUUUCUUUUCUUUUCCUUUUUUCUUUUUGUUGUAAAUAAUUAUUAUUUAGUCAUUUAUUUGUUGUAUUGGGCCAAAC